AUGAUUAAGAGAAGCAGGAAGGAGGCCACUGUGGAAGAAGCUUUGAUAACAAUGGCCACAGUUGAAGAGGAUGACGCCGCAAUACCCUCUAGGCCGGUCAAGAAAACGGGCUCUGAUCAAGCUCUAGAAAAUUUUGCGCUUGCCACCAUUGCUAAAAAAAUUGAUGGUUUGCGAGCGGAGUUUGCAUCACUGAAAGCAUUUACACCUUCACUAAUCUCCCAGACAGCAUUUGAUCGAAACAAAGAUUGCAACCGCUAUCAUAACGUUAUUUGUUACGAUCAUACACGCGUUGUACUGAAUUUCAAUGUUCCGCCGGAUAAAGAUUAUAUACAUGCAAAUUAUGUACGGACCUUGCUUUGCAAUCUAUCCAAUAAUUACAUCUGCACACAGGGACCAAUGGAUACAACAGUUAAUGAUUUUUGGCGUAUGGUUUGGCAGGAAAAAUCGAAAAGUAUUGUUAUGCUGUGCAAGGUAGUAGAAUGUGGUAAACAAAAGUGCUCACAGUAUUUCCCACUGAACCAUGGUGAAACAAAACAAUAUGGCAAAGUUGUCGUCCAGAACGUUCGGAAAACUUCAUCUCCUUCUGAAAAAGUUUUUGAAGCGAUUCAAAUGAACGUCUGUGUCAAAGGGAACCCAACAUUCGCAUUAACUCUAUUUAGAUGGCUGGAUUGGCCAGAUUUUGGAGUACCAACAUCAGGAAUGGGAAUGUUGCGAAUUUUGCGUCAAAUCAGAGAUCAACCACGAAGCACAGCCAUAAUUCAUUGCUCAGCAGGGGUUGGUAGAACAGGAACAAUCGUUGCAUGCGAAAUAUGUUUAAGAAUUCUUCUUGAAGGAAAACAUCUCAAUGUGUUGGAUGUUAUUAAAGAAAUACGAACACAGCGUGCUGGUGCCGUACAAACUGAGGGUCAGUAUAUAUAUUUACAUAGGACACUGUGUGAAUAUAUAAAUGCGAAGAAAAUUGCGAGGGAUAAGAUUGCGGAAUUCUUCACUGCCUACUUAGCAUAUGCAAGUAACUGUAAAGGCGAAUAA